UGUCGUACUAAUCCGAUAAGUGAUGUCAUGUCCAGUGCGCGCCAAAACCUAACAACAAUUACUUCAGCUUUUUGUGUUUAUAUUAAUUUACUGUUUUUAAUUGUUCUUCAUUAAUUUUUUUCUGUUUUAUUUGCUUAUUUUUUUGAUUAAAUAGUUUCGUCUGGAAGAUGUAAAGCUUGCUUAUAAGAAAAAUUUUAUAAAUAUUUGCACAAUAUAUCCUCUUAGCACUGUUGAAAAUGCCUUUACAGGACGAUCAAAAAGGUUCUACACCAUUUAAAAAUGUAGACAUCAAGACAUUAUUCUUAGCCGCUAGUAACAGAAAACGGAAAGCUUCUUCACCUAUACCUCCCCCAACUGAAGCUAAAAAUGUUAAAGUAUGUGAUAAAGAUAGUGAUGAGGAUAUUCAAGUUCUUGAUGCAUCAAUAAAUUCUGAUGUAUCUGCGAGUGACUGCAAGGAGAAUCAAGAUGUGAACACUUUAAAAAGUGAACAAGUUGCUUCUCUUAAUAACGCUAAUGUGAUUAUUGAUAAUGAAUUGAAAUCAGUUGGAAGUGACGAGCAUAUAUCUGGCGAAGAUGAUUCAUCAAAAACAAGUUCAGAUGAUUUAAAUUCGUCACUGUUGAAUAGUUCAAUUAAUGCCUUGAACACCAGUGGUUUAUCUGAAGCAAACCAAAGUAUCGUUGAAAAAAAUGGUUCUGCAAAAGUAGAUGAAGCUGCUUCAGAACUUAAGCCUGGAGAUGCAAAUGAACAAGAAAAGAAAAUUAACACUAAAAAAAGAAAAAGAAUGACCCCUGAAGAAGCCAAAGUGAAAGCUGAAGAGAGAGAAAAGAAGCAACAAGAAAUACUCCUUAAAAAACAGGAACGUGAGCGUGAAUUGCAACAGCGCAAACUUCAAAAGGAAAUGGAGAAAAAAGCUAAGGAAGAGGAAAGGAAAGAAAAAGAAAGACUAAGACUUGAAAAGAAAGAACAAGAGGAGAAAGAAAAACAACUAAAACAAGAAGAAAGGGAGGCUCAAAAACGAAUGCGCCAAUCAAUGUUAGAGGCUAAGCUUGAAAAGAAAAAACAAAUGGAAGAAAUAAAACUGAAGCAGGUAGAAGAACGCAAAAAAGCUGAAGAAGAAAAAAAGAAAGCUGAACUUGAAAAAGAACAAAAAGAAAAAGAAAAGAAAGAAAAAGCAAAAGCUGCUUUUGUAAAAUUUUUUGUCAAAGAAAAUGUUUCUCCCCCUCCUGUACAAAGGCCUGUUGAGCAGGAUAGUAUCUUCAAGCCUUUUCAGAUUUCUGAAGAUAUGACACUUGCUCCUGUAAUACCAUCAGUUUCUCAAGAAAGAUUUAAUCGCGAAGUAUUUGACACUGCUGUGAUUUCACAGAGUGGUACCCACUUAUAUCUUCAGCAUUUAAAAAGUGGUUCUUAUCACGAUGUACAAUGUAGGAAGAGAAAGAGGAAAUCUAAGCAAUGUGAAACUGAAGUAAUUGUUAUUGAAACUGACGAAAUUGAACUUAAUCUGACUCCUAAGUUAAUACAAUUUCAUGAAAAUGUUCGACCACCAUAUUGGGGUACUUGGCGAAAAAAAAGCAGAGCAAUACGGCCACGCAAUCCAUUUGGGCAAGAUGACAUUUUCGAUUACGAUGUGGAUAGUGAUGAUGAGUGGGAGCAGGAAGAACCUGGUGAAAGUCUUUCAGGAACAGAGCAAGAAGAUGAAGGGGAGGAUGUUGACAAUUAUGAAGAAGAUGAGUUUACUGUACCCCAUGGAUAUCUUUCAGCUGAAGAAGAAAAAGAUGAUGAAGAAACUGAGGUUGAUAAUGAUCCAGAGAACAGGAAAAAACUACUUACAGAAAAACUUAGAGAAUUUGAAAUGGAGCGAAAGAAGAAAACCACUCAAUUAAAGCCAAUUAUUUUAGGUUGCUACAUUGAAAAUGAUCUGUCAAAACCUAUGAAUAGUCAAUUGCUUACUGCAUUAGAACCAUACUCUGCUGUUUUUCUGAUAGAUACUCCAAUUCCGACAUCUUUCACCGUAAAGAAGACGCAAAAUGAAUCUAAACCUAGCUCAAAUGCUUCUAGUCCAACCUCUGCAGGCAAUGCAGCAAAAUCUAAAAAAGCAAAUGUGCCUGAUGAGGCAAUGCCAUACUUAAUUCGUCUAGCUCAUGGUAAUCACCAUAGUUUAGCUUUCCUGAUUGCAGAGUUUAAGAAAUUUUGGCAUCAACAUUCCCUAUCUCAAGAGCAAUCUGAAAAACCAGAAACAAAAGUUGAAGGGAGCAGCUCAACUUCUGUUCCCGAUUCUCCUUCCUCAGACUCAUUUAUAUCUAAGCGUCAACUAACUGCAACUUUGAGACAAAUUGCCACAAAGCGUUCAGUGGACACUAUAAAGAAACCGGUUUGGUGUGUACACGAAGAUGUUCGUGAAAAAUAUGGCUUAUCGGAUUUACCAAUCACAAAUGCAUGGACUUAUCUGACAAUUGAUGUUAAAGAUGAUGUAGAUACAUCUUCCACUACAAAACCUGUUAAUUCUAAAUUUUCAAUUAAGGAAUUUUUAGCAUAAUUCAUUAUUAAAGAAAUAUUUAUUUUGAAUAUUAUAUACUCAAAAGUAUUAAUAUUUUAUUGACUGAAAUGAAAUUCACAUUAUUCAUGUUUGUUGAUUUUUUGUGUAUCAUUUUGGUGUGUGGUCUUUGCUGUACAGUGCAGUAAAUAAUAAGGCAGAAAAUUUUAAUUACUUUAGGUCUAGUGACUAGAUUUUUAAAUGAUCAUUUUUGAUGCUCUCUUAAUUUAAUGGUGGGAGGGUCUAAAUUUUAAUAUGAUAAUGAAUUUUUAUGAGUUGCAUAUUGCGGCACACAAAUGUAGUUUUUCUGAAUAAAUUUUUUUUUUCAAUGCCUUGGAGGGGUUAACCUGUGAAAUAUGAUUAGGAAAAAAAACCUUUCAAUAUCAGUUUAACUUUUAUUAGCAUAUUUUGCAAUUUGUCUGAAAUUAUGGAGACAGAGAUAUUGCACAGAGUUGAAAAACUUGUUUAAUCAAAGAUAAAUCCAUGAAAAACAUUAUUUUUAAGAUUAUUUAGUUUAAUUUAAUAUCACUGGAAAAAAUUUUAAAUUGUAAGGUUCACUAAUUUUUAUCAAAUUUUAAAAUUUGAUUGUCAAAAUGCAAAUUUUGCUGAAUAGUUUUCGAGCAAUGAAAAGGAAAUUUUAAACAAGUAAUACUUUAUUUUUCUAUUACUCAAAAAAUAUUUGUCUUAUUCUAUUUAAAUUUCAAAUGUUGACAUUUAAAAUUAUAAAACCAUAAUUUGGAAUGUUCAAAAAUUUUUGUACUGUUAAAAUUUUUUUGACUUUUAGUAAAUUCUGUGUAAUAUAUAGCAUUUAACUUCUAUGCUUAUUGAAAUUUUUUUUUUAUUAAGUAGUAGUAAAAUAAUAGGGAAUGGUAUAUUUUUUCAUAGAAAGCACAUUUCUGUGUGUCUGACUUUAUAACUUAUUUCGUCUGCUCAAAUUGUUUUGCAUAUUUAAGAUUAACCUUUUGAAUUGUUAAGUUUGCUUUUUAAUACAAACAAUCUGAUCAGUAGAUCAAAAGUUAUUAAGAUGUUUCAAAAGCUGUUUUAUUUUUAUUUAAAAUCUUAUUCAAUAGCAGUAAAGUUUAAAUGUACGGUUUGCAAAAAAAAAGAAAGAAAAAAAAGAGGAAUGCUCUUUAAAAUUUUUUGAUUGAAUUAUCCAAUUUUUAUGUACAAGGACUCAAUUUCAAUGGUUCAUAGUGGUGACCUCAAAUAUGCUAAUUAGUUCAGGCGAUAUUUUAAGUUAGAAAUUGAACACAUAAGGGUACUUAAUAACAUAUGUUAUUAAUAACUUAAUAACAUAAAAGGGUACUGAAUAAACACCUCUUUUUGUUGAUGAAUUCCCCUCAAAAUAAUAGGAGUUAAGUCAAAAGUCAGAUAUUUAAAGGUUUUCUCAACUAGUCUACCAAAUUAAUUAAUUUUUUUUUAUUUUGCCUCAUAAAAUUAAUUUUUUUUAAAAAAUUAUCUAAAUAUUUGUAUGUUUUACAUUUUAAAAUUUUUACAAGUGUUAUUAAAUAAGAUAAUAUAUAAUUAUUUUUUGCAUGGAAUUAUCUUUGGAUUAACCAAUAUUACAAAUGUGUGCAAAGCUUAAAAAGUUCUAGAGCUGUUGCGACAAAAAGUAAAAUUAACAUUAAAGGCUCUAGAUUUUUGACUGCUCUCCUAACCAAACUAUUAGGGCCAUAUUUCCCAGAAUGUGGCUACCUCCUAUAUUUUGAGGGUCAGAAAUCCGGUAAAAAAGGUAUGUUUAUUCAACAAAAUAAUUUUUUUGUGUCUGAUUUCUUAAUUCACAAUAACUCUUGCUUUAAUUAACAUAUCUGAAGUUAUCUCCUCGAAUUUGAGUUCGAGUCCGUAAAAAUCCUUUCUUUAUAUCAACAGCUAUUUAGGGUGAUUCAGUGUUUUUUUGCGCACUGUACCUCUUUUAGUUCUUUGUAUUUACUUUCAUGAAAAAUGAGUUAAAAUAUUUGAGUUGAUUGUCUAAUAGAUGUUUUUACUUGAAUAAAGUUAUUGUUUAAUGUAAUAGGUCUUGAAACUUUGGAUAAAUGUAUAAAAUCAAAAUAAUAAAUGUGUCAUUGUGUGUAUUUCAUGCUCUCGUGCCUUUAUUUCAUUUUUCUACUCUUUAUUUUUGAUAAUAUUGAUAUCCUUUGCUUAAUCAUCAUCUUUAUACUGUAUAAAUUUUUCAAAUAUGUAUUUUAAGCAAUUUUUAGAAAGUUUUAAAUUCUCCCAUACACAGUUUAAUUUUCUAUAUUUAUUAAACACAUUGAUAAUUGAAGUUUUAAACAUGUAAAAAUGUAACAAAUAAUAAUUCUAUUUUCUAUGUUUGUAUAUAUUGAGCAGUUAUUGUUUGCCAAAUUAAAUGAAAAUGUUUAACUUUGAGCGUUAUAUUUUUAUAUGUAGUUAUUUUUGUAAAUGAAACAUAUAAUUAUAAUGUUUGAGCAUUUUUACUUCAUUUUAUACUAUGUUUAAUGUGAAUUGUAAUUUUAAAAGCUAUUUAUGAAGGCCAUUUUCUCAAAUUUCAUCAAGUGUUUACAACAUUAUACCGAUUUUUUAUUGAUGCUGUACUAGUGGUUCUUCCUAAUUAAGCUAGUAAUGAACAAAUAUCUCAUUUGUAACAAUAAAACUUACCACAACUAAGUUUUUUUUCCCGAGCAAAAUGUUGAAUUGAUAGUUCAAUCGGUCUGGUGUUACGAGAAAAAGAUAUUUCAACUGCUUUUUUUUUUUGUUUCAAACCCAUUCUUUGGUUCAUGUAUCUGGCAUAAUAUUUUAUUUUGUUUGCUUAAUUUACUUUUAAUAUAUACUAUUUAUAAGUAUAAUGGUUAUUUGUUUCGAAUUAUUCUUAGUUUUUAAUUAGGUUUUUAUACUGGUUUCAAUGAUUUAAUAUAGGUAUUUCGUAAUGGAACAGUUAAUAGUUUUUCAAAUGCAGACAACACCAAUUUUGCUAUCAAAUUGAGUAGAAAUGUUGAAGUUGCUGAGCAGAAAUUAGAAUUGAAAUGUUUCAUUGCUUUUUGACACUUCUUGCUAGAUCUGAUCCUUAUUAAUAAACUCAGUUUCUUCAAAUAUUAAUCACAUUGAUUAUUUUAUAUUUUAGCAACUGCAACCACUGGAAAAGGGCUAAGACAUUUUUGCUUUCUUAUCGCCGGGUGGCCAUUGAACAGGGAAAAUUCAGGUGAUUUUUAUCCAUCUGAAAAAAAAUCAGAAAAUUUAAGUAAAAUGACCAAAAAUCAAGGAAAAAGAACGAAAAGUAGUUUUUUUAAAAAAAAUCCAGUAUUUUUUCAAGAAAAAAAAAGUUCUGAUUCUGAAAGAUAUUUUCUGAUGCUCAAUUUUGAAUCUUAUUUAUAACCACAACUAGUUAUAUACCAAAUGUUUAUUUCCCCUUACUCAAGUAUUUAUAUUAUGUUUAUAAAAUUAUGUUAAAAUUUCAUAAUUUAAAAAAAAAAUUUUUUUAAACAAAAAUAUUAUAUAUUGCACUCUUUUUGCAAAAAUUUUUGUUUUUAAUGCUUCCAUUAUAUAUUUUUGCUGAUCUUCUUGAAUCUUUUAAAGUAUUUGUUUUAGUUUAUUCUUGGUAAUAAUUUUUUUAUAUUUUUCAUUUAAUUUUAUGGACAUGAAUAAGUUAAAUUGGAAAAUUAAUAAUAACUGUUCCAUCAAUUCCAAAAAUCAGAAAAGUUUGAUAAAAUCUGUCUGGAAAAGUCAGAGAAUAUUUUUCUGUUUGUGUUAUGGCCACCCUGUUAUUUGUUUGGUUGUAUUAAUUUGUGAAGCUAUUCAUAAUCUUUGUUUGUGUUAUAGGUUUUUUCAAGUAAUGUUUGUAUUUAAAUAUUUAAUGGCAAUUAUAAUAGACAUACAUCUGUUCACAAGUGGUUAUUAUUAUUAUUUUUUAUCGUUGAGCAACUUUGUUUUGUUUCUCACAGUACUUUGUUAAAAGUUAAGGAAUACUAUCAAAUGUCCAAAACUGAUUGUAAAGUUUAAAAAUGUUUUUAAAUUUUAAAGCUACCAUUUUAUUACAGGGGACUGUAUAAAAAUCAUUAAAAAUUAAUAUCUGCUUCCCAUUUACUUUCUAUUUUAUUUUGCUUUUUACUAUCUUUCUCCAAAUUAUUAAUGAUUGUCAACCUUGUUUUUUAACACUUUAAAUGCUGUAUUGUAUACAUGUAAAAAUGUUUUGUUUGUGAUAAAAUUAAUAGUAAAUUACUUUGUAUGUAUCAAUUAAAUAUUUAGUUUGUUAUUUUGCAAUUACACUGUACCAUAUUUUAUUCAUUUCAUUUGAUUUAGCAGUUUUUCAUAUAAAAGCUUUAGAUGCAUUUGCUGUAUAUUAACUUCUUGAACUGCAGGUCACAACCAUGAAUGGGAUCAAUUAUAUUUGAAGAAGUAAAUUGUAUUGUAACCUCUCUCUAUACAUGUAAUAUUUAAUAUUAUAAUCUGUCUAAACAUAGGAUUAUGCAACACCUGUCCAUAUUAAAAUAUUUGCCUUGAUUGAAAAAAAAAAA